AUAUGUGGUCAUGACGCGAAUCAUCUUUUGAAAUGGGGCCAAAUAUUUAUGUACAUUUUGGUGGAAUCGAGUAUAUAAAUGAUAGAAGGUUAAUGAAUUUCUUGUCGUCAAAUGUAUGUUGAUUAAAUUAUAUAAUAGAGAAUAAAUAAGAGAUGGGUUUGAGUGGGAAGUUAGUUUCUAAAACAAACAUAAAAUCCGACGGAGAUGUGUUCCACGAGAUCUUCAGAGAGAGGCCGCACCACGUACCGGACAUGAGCCCCGACGAAUGGGGAACCGUAGUGGGAUCUAUCAUCUUCUGGAACUACACCCACGAUGGUAAAGAGUGUGUGGCGAAAGACAUAAUUGAAGCGAUAGAUGAGGAGAAGAAGUCGGUGACUUUCAAUAUUGUUGAAGGAGAUCUAAUGGAGCUAUACAAGACAUUCAAACUGACGGCUCAUGUUGAUACAACUGGGGAAGACAACGUUGUCACUUGGACUUUUGUGUAAUCGAAACUGAACGAGGAUGUUCCGGAUCCGCAUACUCUCAUGGACUUAUGCGUUAAGAUGACUAAAGAUAUUGAAUCCCACCAUCUUAUCAAUGCUUAAUUAACAACAAUGUUGCUAUGAAUAUAUAUUUCUCUUAUGUUAAAAUAUAUGUGAAAACGGGUAC